AGGCCUCUACAGCCUUGAUCUGCAUGCAACCAAUGUGCAACUGACAAGGAAAUCACUCAGAUGACAUUUGUGAAUGCAUACUGGUUUGCAAAUCUGGACAGUACCUAUUUUCUGAUAACAAUUACUUAUUAUAGCUUUUUUCUCAUUGCAACCCCGGAUUGAAAUUGCUUGAUUAGUUCAGUAUUCUUUUCAUUGUUCUAUUAAUUCUGAAUACUUUUGCAUAAGAAAUAAUUUGUUUUCAAUGAUAUGUCUUUUUAAUCUUUUGAAUGUUCUUUCCUCACAAGUGUAUCAUUGUCUUAUUGGUUUAAUCAGAAAUAUUUGGCAUGCUUAUUUGCUGUUCAGUUUUGUUAUAAACAUGGAAGAAAACACUUUAGAUGGGAGGGGGAAUGGAAGCAAUGAUUUGUGAUCAGGUGAGCUGGACUCAUGGGAGUAAAAUCUCAAGAAACCAAUACAGCCUUAAAUGAUGCUCUUUCUUGGCACCUUGUUAUCAUUUUUGUGUCAAUUAUGAGUCAGUGCUAUCAUUAUAAACGACAGUAAUGUAGACCAAAGCAAUGAAUAGAUUGUUCACAUGUCAUGUGGCUCAAAAGGAGAAGGAGAAGAUGAAUAAUUGCACCUACCAAUGCCUCAAUGGAUGCUCAAUGGGAUGCUGAAUUCGACAAUAACAAUUACUUGCCUAAAAUUCUUGUAUUUAGGUAAGUUUGAUUUAAAUGUAUUUAGAGUGUUCUGUCCUUUGCUACCUUCUGUUUGUCUAUCUGAUUUUUUUCAAUCCAUCCACCCUCUUUAUCUAUUAUAAGGCAAAAUAAUCUGUUAAAUCUCUUUUGUAGUGGCACAAGUAGAAUAACACUCAGAUUUUGUUUUUCUGUUCAGUAAGGUAUUUUCACAUGAACUCCAUUUGGUAUUUUCUAAACCAAAACCAUAUAGAUAUCAUUGUAACCAGACAAUUUCCACAUAAAUAACUGUCCAUUUAAUGGGGCAACGUAUAUAUUGUCCGAUAAUGGAAGAAUGUGAAUAAAUCAGAUUGUGACUAAUCUCUCCUUACUUUUCUAUAAUGGCUUUUUUUUUCUUUACUAUCUAAACUAAUCAAUUCCUUUGGGCAAAUUCCUUUAGCAGCCUUAAUGUACAAUAAACUAGAACAUUAACCAGUUCUAACAUUGGCACUAGCAAUCUGUUGAUCGUCAAACAACAUAAAUAUGUGCUAGAUUAGUAUCAUUCAUGCACUGUUGAAGGUAGAUUGGCAGCAUGAAAUCAUUAUGUAAUCCUAUAUUAUGGUGGAAGUAUUGGCAAACAACAGCUGCAUCUUUUGUGCCCAAGAAAACCAGAUGAUAUCCAUAAAUCUAGAGGUGAUUUCAAGUCACAUAGACAUACAACCCAGGAUUGUCAUCUUAAGGAACACAAGCAUUAAUUCUUUGUAGUAUUAAAAAAAAACCCUGAAAUCCAAACUCAGUCAGUAUCACUUAUGUAACUAUUUAGAAAGAAGGAAGGAGGGUGUGAAUCCUGUGGUAUUUUUUUAAAGAAAUAGUUAAUUUCAGGCUGGGCAUGUGUUAAUUACACAAAACUUCUUCAAAUGCCAUAAGUGAUGACAAUGACUCAUAUAAUCUUUAGUUUGUAUAUCAGUGCAUCUGAGCAAAUUGAUGUUAAUCCAUGAAAGCUGGUGGUUGGUUUGAAAGAUAUGUUUAUGAUUUGUAAUUGGGACAGACAGAUGCUAGAUAAAUAGACAGCCCAUACUAAAACCUAAAUAAUAUUAUAAAUCUCAUUUAACCGGUAUUGCCCUCCCCCAUUAAUACUGAAGAGCAAAGCACAAGCAACCCCUUCUAUUAUUCUAUUGGAAAUAUAGUAAUUGAGAAUGGAGUUGAUGCAGAAACCCCACCGUAUGCAUUGUGUGUAUAUAUGUUAAGACUGCUCCACCUGAAACCAUUAUGAAUUGACCUUCAGAAUAUUUUGACAUGUCACCAAUAUGUCAAUGUCACUAAUAAGCUACAGAUUUAAUAAUGUAGCAAGAGAUUUCUUAGAUGACAUAAGAAUUUGAGAUAUGUCUGUUCUGGCUGUAGCUGCAGUCCAACUGUAAUCUUGGUUCAUAUUGCAUAUAGUUGCUAUACAAAUUACUACACAGGACUAUUGCCAUAACAUAUCUCAGAAACCAAACAUAAUGUAGUAAAAACUAUCUUGAAGACUUCACUGCCCAAGAAAAGUGAAUUUAUUAAAAUUAAAUCUUGUAUUUCUCAUCCUACAGGAAAUAUCAAGAUACCGAAAACAGCAUGAGUAACUUUACUUCCACAUCCUCUUUUCUGUUGCUGGAAUUCUCAGAUAUGAGAGAACUACAAAUCUUAUCCUUUUUUGUCUUCCUAGCAUUCUACCUGACUGCAUUAAUAGGCAAUCUUCUCAUUAUCACUGUAGUUGCAGUUGAUUCCCACCUUCACACUCCCAUGUACUAUCUCCUAUUUAAUUUGGCCAUGUCGGACAUUGGAUCAAUUUCUGUCAUGGUGCCCAAGGCCAUGGCUAUGUCUCUUAAGAAUGAUAGGUCAAUUACUUAUGCUGGCUGUGUUGCUCAAGUUUUCUUUUUUGUUUUCUUUUCAGCCUCAGGUUAUAGUGUCCUAACUAUUAUGGCUCAUGAUCGCUAUGUUGCAAUCUGCCACCCUCUCCACUAUGAGAGAAUCAUGCACAAAGGAGCCUGCCUACAGAUGGUAGCCAUUGGGCUGAUUGCUAGUCUUAUUUAUGCCACAUUACACACCUGUGGCACCUUUGGAAAUACUUUCUGUUCCAAUAUUGUCAAUCAAUUCUUCUGUGAAAUUCCACAAUUAAUAAAGCUGUCCUGCUCAGGUUUUUCCAUAAUGGAAACUGGGGUUCUUAUCCUGUCGUUUAGUAUAGCAUUAGGGUGCCUUAUUUUCAUCAUCAGAUCAUAUGUACAGAUCUUUGUUGUUGUGCUUCGAAUUCCUUCUUCACAAGGUCAGAAAAAAGCCCUCUCCACUUGUGUUCCCCACCUCACAGUUGUCAUAAUGUUGAUAGCCAGUGGGGUCCUUGUCCAUGCAAGGUUUACUGCUGACUCUUCUAAUUUGGAUAUAGUUUUGUCCAUGGUAUAUACCAUAAUUCCUCCAAUGUCAAACCCAUUCAUAUAUAGUGUUAGAAACAAAGAGGUCAAGACUGCUUUACGAAAUCUGUUGCAUGUUGCAAUUUCCUAUAAAAACAUACUUAAAGUUGUUCUGUGAGAACUGUGUUGUAUGAACUUUCAAAUGUUAAUAUUUCCGUCUGAAUGUUUAACUCCACUCUUCUCAUGCAUCAGGUCCUCUCACACAGGUUGAGCUCUCUUUUUUUCUUCUGUGUAAUUUCUUUGAGCUUCAUUUAUCAGAUAGAACAUAAUUUGAUAGUACAUUUUCACCCAGAGAUAAUAAGUACUGUUGGCUGCUUAUAUAUUCCCAGGUCAUCAUUGAUUUUCUAUAAACAGCUUGGGGUCAACAGAAGUAGCUACUCCUUGCAGUCCCAGCAUAUGGCCUCUCAAUGCUUGAAGAAGUGUGCCUAGGUCCAUUCAGUUUGAAGCUACUCCAUCUUCCCAGUUUGAUUGCUGGGGCAAUGAAUUUUGCUUCAGCAGAUUUCCUCAAUAUACAAUGUAAAUAUAUAGGACGUGGCAACUGGGAAGCACCCUAUGUACUCUAUACAAGAAACUUAAGAUGCUUCACAAAGUGUUCAAAAGAUAAUUAUUUUACAGGUCAAAAAUGAAGAAAAACAUUUUAGCCAGAAAAAAAAAGAUCACAACCCGAUGAAUUUUUAAGAAUCUUCAGGCAUAUGAGAAAUUAGAAACAAAUGGGAAAAAUUAAUAUAUCAGUUAUAGGGGAAUUUGCACUAAUAAAAGCAAAUGUUUUGCCAAGAGUCAGAUCCCAAUUGGUUUGCUUAUUUAUAACUUAAAAUGAUAUUUCCACAGGACAAAAAGAACUCAUGCAAAAAGAUGGAGAAAAUCAGUUUUAUUUGUAAUGGUGUAAAGAUGAUGGUCAUAUACUUUCAAAAGUGAGACAAUGUCCUUUGAAAUUAGAGAUAGAAGCUGAAUCUGUAAAAUGAUAAGGUGGGUCAAGGGUUGCAGGCAUAAUGAACAAAUGAACAUUUAAAAAAUGGCAUGACAUAAAUUCUUCUAGUCUAGUAACUUUGUAAGAAAAUAUACAUAAAAUGAUAUAUAGAUAGCACUUAAUUCGAAGUAGGUUGUCAAAAAUGUCCACAAAUGCUUCAAAUGUAUGUCGUGCUUGUCAGAAUAAGGAAAGAUCUUUUCCUGACAAGGACCUGCAACAAGGUGACAAGAUCCAUACCUUAAUGAAAAUAAAGUAAAAUUAAAUUAAAUGUGGAUUGUGGAAUAUAAACAGAAAUGUUUUUGCUGGACAUUUUUGAGAAGAAAUUGGACUACGCCAUGGACUAUUCUUCACAUAUAUAAUAAGAGCUGGAAGAAUACUGUAUGCUCAAACUUGGAAAUGAAUUGAAGCACCGAUGAAUGGAAGAAUGGGUUUCUGAAUUUACAGAAUUUGCCCAAAUUGCCUGACUGAUGUGGAUUCUGAAAGAUAAAUAAAUUGUAAUUUUCAUGAAAGAUUGGAAAUUGUUUAUGGAUUUCUGAGCAAAAAGAUCUGGUAAUGUUAGCAAGUGGAAUUUAGUUAAACCCGUAAUGAUGGAAUAACAUAUCUUUUGCUAGUUAUUUUCCUCUCUUUAUUAGAGUUCAUUAGGGGGCAGAGUUCUUUUGUAGCUUUGUAAUGUAUUGUUUGUGUGGUUGUAGGUAUUAUAAUACUGUAGAUUAGUGACUUAGUAAUGAACCAUUAUGUCAGUUUAGUGUUAGAAUUAAGUGUAAUGAACUUUAGUUUUAGAUAUACAUACACUGUAUGUUAUUUAUCUAUAGUCCUUCUUUUUUACUUUUUUUUCUUGGGUGCUGUUUAUCUCAAUAUGCAUUAGUUUAUAUUUGUUAAAGCUAAUAAAUAUCAUCUUAAAAACUUAAAUAUUUUAUAUCUUUUACCAUAAAAGAAAAGCAUAUCCAACAUCUCUUAGUAUAGCAUAAGAUUGUUUGAUGAUUUCAGCAAAAAGUAAUUAAAAAUUCCAGAAACUGUAUAUAAGAUUAUCCAUGCAGAACAUUCCAAAAAUACCUCCAAAUCCACAAAAACCAACAAGAACGAUUUAUAGAAAAGGAAUUAACAACUCACUUUUCACUUUUUGGAGAAAAAUUGCAGUAGACUAAAAAGAAAGGGGAAUGAUAAAAUAUAUUUAGAUAUCAAGUGGCCUGUCACUCUUUCUUGAGGCACAGUGUCUCCAACUUGCAUCAAAUGCAUGAAAAACUAAGGUACGAAAAAUGCAUGAAAAACUAAGGUGACUAUUAUCAGCAGGCCCAUACUUUGUAAAAUAGAACUAUACUAUAUACUUUCUUCU